AUGAAGGUCCUCUCCCUGGGUGAAUUCUUCUGGCCGUGUAUUCUGUUUAUGAUUCUGAUAGUACUUCGUUUUCAAGAACCUCCCAGACAUAGAGACAAUUGUUAUUUGCAACCCCGGGAUCUGCCCAGCCGGGGCGUUUUCCCCUUUGUCCAAGGCCUUCUUUGCAACACCGGGUCUAGGUGCAGGAACACAAGCUAUGAAUGGGCCACAGAGCAGCAUUUUUGCAUCCUGUUCGCGGCUGAGACACGAUCUAGUCACUCACCUGGACCAGGCUCCCAACUGCAGCAGCCUUCUCACAAGAAGGCUGACAACCCGGCCUUCUUAAAAGAGGUAUAGGACCUCGCCCAGGAAGUUUAUGAAAUGAUGGACAAGGCGAGAAAGUUACAAAAACUUUGGGUAGAAAGAUCCAAGACUCCAGAUUCUUCUUAUGGUUCCAGUUUUUUAACAGGACUCAGGGUGGCACUGACAGCCCCGGGAGUGGGGAGUGCGGACCUUUCCUUCUCAGCUCUGGAACAUUUAGACUGGCUGCCAGUCAGCCACACCUUUUCCAGGGUCUCUGCAAUGGUGCUGCGUGUGGCCAUUUCGACGCUGGUAUUUCUGCAGGAGAACGGAGCAGCGGCCAUGGAGUCAGGAUACAGCCUGUCCUUGAAGGAGCUGGUGUGGGACCCACAGAAGGUUCAGGCUGACCUGAAAUCCCUAUUCGGUUUUGAUGACCUUCACGCAGAACGAAUCCUGAAUUAUUCCGCUAUUCCCACAGACAGUUCACUGGGGCGGAUGCUGUGUUCAGCCUUGUCCGGCUGCCACGAGAAUGAAGAGGAACGGGGUGGGGGGGGGUCACCCUGCAGACUGCGACCCCAGGUGGUAGCGGCCAGAAACUACCUGCUCUGCGCCACCAGCCAGCUGCACCUCUGCAAACAGGUGUUUGACCAGUGGCAGAAGGGCAGCCUCUUCCAGAGGAUCCUGGCAGGGACUGGACACAGGCUGGAGGCUCUGGGGACUCAGUCUGGGGAAGGGAGCCAGGCCUGGACGGUGGCGGGAGCUUUGCAGGCUGCCCUUCUCCUCCUGAACGACAGUGUGGCAGUCGACGGCCCCCAAGGCAGCCACACACCUACCAGGAUAUUACUGCACCUGCAGAAACUGCAGCGCGUCCUUUGGGAGCUGCCCCCGUGGCCGGCCCUGAUGAGACUGCUCCAGCUCGACGGGGCUCUCAGGAGUGUGGUGGCCCAGAAUCUACACCUUGUCUGAGAAAUCCUCAUUCGCCUGGAGACAUCUUCUAAGGACUCUCGACCCGCUGGGCCUGGCCAGUCGAAACUGGAAAAGGACGUGCUUUUUGGGGAGCUAAAGCAGCUGCGGAUGAAGAAGAACGCCACUGGUCUGUACCUGAACGGACGCUUGUCCCAGACGGAAGCUCCCCUGCCUCCCGGGACUGCUGGCGUCCGGGGCGUCCCCAAGGGGCUGGGCUGUGGUCACCACUCCUCCAGUGAGGCCAGCACUUUACAUAAGCUGCUUGAGUCACUGGAGGAUGUGGGUCAUCAUUUGCAAGAGGUCAUUACUGGGCCCACAAAUAUGCCAGUUUCAACACGGGAAGACACCCCGGACUGGCAGGACCUGGGGACACGGCUGUUGGAAGUGAGCCUGCCCUGCACUCAGCUUCUGUGGCUGCCGGGAGCCAGGGUCUCCCCCCACGACUGUACGGACUGUUUUGUUUUUGAUUGCAGGGUAUUUCAUACACUUGAGAAAGCCCCGUUCCGCAAACAGACAUACCCCUGGAAAGCCUUCAUGGGGUUCAUACGGAAGACUUGCCAGGUGGCUUGAUAUGUGAAUAAGCAGGAAAGUUUCCAGAACAGUCUUCUUGCUUUCUCUGAGGAAUCUCCUUGUUAUGAAGAAAACAUGGAUUGGAAAAUCAUUGGUGAUAAUUAUUUCACAUUUUUGAAUAACUUGAUCAAGACUCCAAUAGCUUCCAUAUCUAGGGUCUUACAUUUUACAAAGGCACUUCUAAUGAUGGAAAAGAAGUUGCAGACCCUUGAGGAUGAGCAAAUGAACUUCCUUUUGUCUCUUACGGGAUUUUGGGAGAAAUUAUUAUUGCCCAAUCCUUUAGGCUCAUCCAGUAUUCCCAAAUUCCAUGACCUCUCACCUCUCCCUGAGACGAUUCUAAAUGCAAGUCAUUUGUGGAUAAAUCAUUUAGCGAGUUUAGAGAGAGACACACCUGGUAUUGAUACUCAGAAACUUCUGGAAUUCGGCAAAGAAAUGAUUGAAAAGGUACAAGCUCUUGAAAGUCUCUGGAUAAGGAAGGAAUCAAGAAAUAUCUUGAGAUUUAUGGAACUAAUACUUUUUGGAAUGAAUCCCAAGAUCCUGGCAUUGUAGACGCAUAGCGUUUCAAAAGGAGAAAGAGCUAAACUGGGAAUCUUGUCUACACUUGUAAAUUUUUCUGAUCCAUAAAAUGAGAGGAUUCAUAGUAAAAGCUUUAACUUUUCCCAGUUGUUCCAUUCAGAUUGGCCUCAGUCGCCAGCCAGGAAAAUGGAUUUUGUUCAUUUAAGUGAAGUGAUAAUAAAUAAUCUCUAUGGAUUAGGAUUUCUGAAGCAGAAACAAAUCACAGAAGCUGUAGGCACAGUCUAUGCUAUGAGGAAUACAUCCGACCUUUUCUCAGCCCUUUCUGAACCUCAAAAACAAGACAUUGAUAAAAUUUUGACUCAUGUCUAUCUAAAUGUCUUCCAGGUCAAAGAUUCAGCUUUACUUCUCUAGAUAUACUCUUCAUUUUACCAAUAUAUUUAUAAAUUCUUGAGCAUUCAGAGGAGAGGGUCUUUGCUGUCUUUCCUUACACAAAUCUCAAAACACAUUUUAGAUAUCAUAGAGCAAUAUUUCCAAAACAUCACCCCAGCAUUUGCAUUUUUAUAUGAGACAACAGGGUUUCUUAGGGGAAUUUCCGAAGUAUCUUACUGUCAACAGUUGCUUUCAAUUUUUAACUUUUUGGAGCUUCAAGUCCAAUCCCUGUUGUCUACAGAGGGCCCCGCAGUGGAAGUGAUCCACGCUACUUUUUCUUUAUUUCAGUAUGUGAGCCAGCUCAUCAAUGGCUCAGCAGAAGCCCUGCUGGGUAGUGAACGCUUUGUUCUGGAUAAUAAAAGCGUUUCUUCCAUGAAUUAUUCAAUAGAUGAGGGGUCUUCAUCUAUUCUCCCGUGGGCACAAAUCCUUUCAAACCUCUCAGCAAACGGCAGUGAGUUCCAUGAAUUUAUGGCCGUUCACUGUACCAUUUCAUGGCUGCAAAUGUGGGCCCAAAUCUGUGGACGCCUGGCUCAAAUAUUUCAGCUGGACACGAAUGUUUUCACUCCUCUUCGUGUUGGUCUCACUCAGAUUUUGGCUGCACUGGAAAGUGAUGUGAAAAUUCCCCAAAGCUGCCAGGGAAUAUUUCCAGAUGUGGAAAACAAAAUGAACUCUACUUUGAAGCUUGUUACUUGGAUGUUGAAUAUAAUGAUGGGACCUUAUUGUUCAUGGAAUAUGUCAAAAAUAAAUUGUGUGAACGUUUACUUAAAAAAUGUGUCUGACUUUCUAAACGUUAUACUUAAUGCAGUCUUUGAAAAAGAAAAGGUACCAAAAUCUGAGAUUUUAUUAACUCUUUUAAAUGAUUCCACAAACCAAGUAAGGAUGAUUAUCAACAACUUAACAAGGGACGUUGAUUCUGCGCCUCAAUCCAACUGGAAACAUUUUACUGAAUUAAUUCUAAAACCCAUAGAAAUGUCAGAUGAAAUGCCUCGUCAGUUUCAAAGUAUUUGGCUGCAUGUAGUAGCUCUGGGGAAGGAAAUUCAAAAACUUGUGAAAGAUAUUUCCCCUAACAUCCUGGAAAAGAACACUUCUUCUAAAACAGAAAAAAAAUUAAACAUAUUUGCUACCAGUCCAAAGGAAAAUAGUAUACACAGCUUAGGCUGUUCAUUUUAUCAGUUAGCUAGUUACCUUGCCUUCAAUUUAUCUCAUGAUCUCCAAAAUUCACCCCAGAUAAUUUCUCAUGGAUUAAUGAAAGGUGGUCUCAAUAUUGAAUUCAUGAGGGAGGCGUUCAACGCCCUGAUGCCCUCAGUUUAUCACGAUAUUCCACAAGAGCCAGGUACUAUUCAAGUUUUAAAGAAGGUAACUUCCCUGCUGUGCACGGUCAAGAAAACAGACAUACACCUGCUAGCAGACCAGCUGGAACAGAUAAGUGAAAGCCUGAUGGAUUUCUUUAAGAAUGUCAGUAGGUUAGGUACUGGCAGUUUGGGGGUCAGCUUCUUUGUUGACUUGAUGGAAAAACUUGUCGACAGCUCACGUUCUUGGAGUGUUAACCACCUACUGAGGUUCUCACGCCUGCUUCCUAAAGAGGACGCCGAUGCCUCCAUCGACGUGUACUAUGUGCUCCCUCGUGCCAUGAGGCUCCUGCAGGGCGUGGGUGACAAAAACAUCAUGGAGGCCCUCAAGGACGUCUGUAACUUCAUGCUCCUGCAUGGCAUAAGCCUUUCAGACGUCACCAAGGAAGACUUCACUAUUGUGAUUAAAACUCUUUUGGACACAAUUGAAUUAAUAUCAGAUCAACCAGGCAUCCUUUCAGAGGCUUUAACUUGUCUUCCUGUGUUUUGGUGCUGGAAUCACACAACUUCUAGAUUUCAGCAGAAUCCAAGGUCAGGAGCCUGUGAUGCCCACAAGCUCACGUCUCCUUCCUUUUACAGCAAAGUGGCCAGUAUCCUUGACCACCUCCACCUGUCUUCCCCAGGUGAAGACUCACAAUGUUGGAAUGAAAGCUCACAGGUGGAAAUAACUAGGAAAGUAGCCUGUGUAAUUCAUGAAUUAAUGGAUUGGAAUUCCAUUCUUCUAGAGCUGUCCAAAGUCUUCCAUGUUAAAACUUUGCUUUUGAAAACUGUGCAAGAAUUUUGUCAUAAGGUGUUACCAUUUGUCCCAUUUUCUGGAAAUUAGAAUAGCAGCAUCUCUGAACUUUGUCCCAGCUGUUCCAUAAAAGCAGAUUGCUUUGCAAAUCAUAGAAAAAUUUUUAAAAAAGGCAACUUUACAAAAGCCACAUCAGAUGAAAACCUCCUUGAUAAACUAGCUAGUUUAAACAAGAUCCUUAAUGAUGAAGGAACAGAAUCAUCUGUUAGAAAUAUUUCCUUACAUUUGGAAAGGAUAAUAAACUUGCUUUCUAGGGAUGAGAGCCUAGAAAAUAGUGCUAAUUCUGUAGUCUCUCUAUUCAUGACAUUUCUGAGAAAUGGUGGUAGUUUAGAAGCAUUAUCACGUUUUAUUAAAAAAAGUGAAACAACUUACAACUUUGAAGAACUAUGGCUUGAGUUUGAACAAAUCAUGAAAUAUCUAACCCAUAACUUUAGUAUCAGAUCCCUGUUUUCUGAAAUUAACAAAGAAAUACAAAUUACUAAUUCAGUGGCUCUUCAAAACCUAACUUUGCCACUUGCCCAUUUUUCCGAAAGCCUGGAUUCAUCAUCCUUGAAGACAUUAGAAAUCAUUGAAGAUUUUUUAUUGAUCAUAAAAAACUGGUUUCAUAAAUAUGCAAAUGAAGAUUACUCCAAAAUGAUACAAACAUUAUUUCUUCUUACAGCUAACAAGAGUUCAACUGAUGAUAUAGCUUUGUUGACUAAAGAUAUUGCUACCAUUUUGGGUAAUCUCUAAAAUGUUUCUAGAGAAGAUAAUUUUGAUGUUGCCCUACUUCUUCGUCUGCUAAACCAAGAACAGCUAAUUAAUUUCUCAGUUGUUCAGCUGCUUUUUGAAAGCUUCCUAAUUAAUUCAGUCAACAACUUAGCUGAGAGUGCUCAAGAAGCAGCCUUGAAUUUAAGUGAUACCAACCUUCAAAUAAUGAAUUUCAUUAACCUUGCCUUGAACCAUACACAGUCAGAAAAUGGUGAGAGAAUCAUUCUCCCUCCAAGAAGCAUAGUGGAUUUCUUGGAACAGCUUUUGGAAACAUUCUUCCCCUUUUUACUAAAGGAAAAUUCUGGGGACAAAAUAUCUCUUCUGCUGAAAGACUUCCACAAAGAUGUCAUUGCAGAGAUGAGUUUUGUCCCAAAGGAUAAAAUUCUAGACAAUUUGAAACGGGAUCAUUUUCUUAUCUCCAUGAAAGAGGACAGAUUGGUGAACAUUUUUUCAUCUUUAAAGGAAGCUGUGUAUCACCUAAUCAAAAGCUCAUUUAUGUUAGACAGUGGAGAAUUUUAUUUUGAUAAUCCUCGAGUACUGCAGUUAAUGGGAGAUUUAUUCCACACUCUUCUAAGGGAAACCUCAAUAAAAAAUGAGACUGAAAAUAAUCUGGAGUUUCUUACAGUGGUGAAUCACUUGCUUUCCCAUAUGAACAGUUCUGAGGACCUUUUCAAACUCAAUCAAGAUCUCAGGUCUGCUGUUCACCUCGUGAGAGAAACGUCAAUAGAGAUAGCACGUCUCAUGGACACUCUUUUAAACUCUCUUAUUAAGGACUUACGUGCCCUGUACCCUGCCCUCCAAGAAGUUAUGCUCACUAAUCUAACCGAUUUUCUUUCCUUUAUAAAUAGUUCAUUCCCCCCCACCCCAAGAAACAGAGCAACGUUAGAAAUUACCAAGUGCUUACUUGGUGUUAUAUCAAGGGCAAGAGUGGGUGGAGAGAGUCGUGCCCUGGACCCCCUCUUGACCAUGCUGGUGGACGAUGGAGCCGAAAUGAGAGGUCUCACCACCUCCGUCACCUCCACCGUGGACCUUCUUAAGCUGGCCGAGAAAACUUCAAGAGAGGUGGCUGCCAUGUUUGAAAUGCCUUUUGUCUUCACAGCCAACAACACCAUGAUAUUCUUGGACACCAACGACACCAUGAAAUUCUUGGACACCCUUUAUUCCAUUUUUCAACAAAGUGUUCGAGACGUUGCCAAUGAAAUGAUUACUUUGUAAAAAGCAGAUCAUUUAAUAUUUGAAAAUAUAGAUGACUUGUUGACGCCAUUUCUUGACUUGGCCUUUGGGAUGAUUGGAAUCAAACCAGCUGUUUCCCAAGACUCUGAUAUUUUCAAUAUGUCAUCUAGCAUAUUCACAUAUCUGAACCAGUCCAAAGAUAUUUAUGAUAUUAGGGAAGAAAUAGCUGAAUUUUUAACUUCUGUGAAAAUCAAUUUGGGAGACAUGGAACGUCUUGUGGCAGCAUUUAAUAAUGGGACCCAAAUAUUUUCUGUGGAUUCUGUCAACUUAUGGGAAGAAAUCCUGGAUUGCUUAGUUCCUAUAAACAACAUCAUCAAUCACAAAGACUUUUUAUAUUCUAAUCCAAUUUCCACUCAUAAUUUGCCUCAAGAUACAAAAGGGGAAAGAACUCAUGAAGUGAUCCUGUUUUUGCAUGAAAUACCACCAUGAAACAGCAUGGAACUAGGGAAUUACUUGAGAAAGGUGAUCGACCUCACCUCAGAAGCGCUUUGGCAUAAGUUAGGGAAGGACAACAAGGAUGUUCUUAGUCUGUUGCUGACAUUGGCUCCACAUCCAAAUGACCUUUUGAAAACCAUAACAGCAGUUGGAAAGGCCUCCAGUGGGUUGAAAAGUGACAACAGAGGUGAUUUGAGUAAAGCUUUGCUUUUCAGCACUUCUUUGAUUCAGGACGUGACUCACCAACAACUCAGAGAAGCAGUCCAGAGCGUGCUAAGUAGACUAGCUCUCGUGAGUCAAGAGCUUCUCCUCAACAGCUCUCAGAAGACACACUCCUUGAACACUUUGUUUCAGCACAUUUUUGAAAUUUUUAUUAAUGCAACCCCUGGAGAGAAUAGCAGAUCAAGAAAAGAUGAGAAGACCAAGGAAGAGCUGGUUGACUUUCCUGACAUCCUCAAACCUGCCGCGGAAGCGAGUCGGGCUUUCCCGCAGCCUCGGAGCCCCCAGGACCUCGAGGUGAUUCUGUGGAGAGUGGAGAUGCUGGUCCAGCGUGUGCUCGUCCUUCUUGCAGACUGGGCCAGCAGUGCUGGAGUGACUCUGCCCAUGCACGUGUGUUGCUGCCUUUUCACGCCUGGUCUCCUGAAUGAGGCUGCAGAGAACCCUCUCCUUGCUGUCGGGCCUGAGGUCCUUGACAGCAGGGGCAGCAGGAGUGCUGCGGAGACGGGUGUGAGCGCAGAGGAGGACAUGGGUAACGCCCAGGAUGUGGGCCUGCUCAUCACAGGCCUGUCCCUCUGCCCCCGCCCCACCCCGCCGCCAGUUCGCUGCCGCCCGGAACCACGAGCUCUCCCUAAAGGAGGCGGCUGGCCAUGGGGUGCCUCCCGCAACCAGGCUGCCCCCACGCCAGCCCCGCCCCGCCCCCCCCUGCCCCGGCGCUCGGCCCCGCCCCGGCGCUCGGCCGCGCCCCAGCGCCCAGCUUCCAGCAGCGCGGGGCCCGCUGGGACCGCGAACCCCAAGACGCGUGCGCAGACGCAGCGUGUUGGAACCGGCUGGACCAGGGCUGACACGGGCCUGCGGGCGCCCAGCACGCAGCUUUGCACGUGCUUUCCUCAGGGCUGCACCCCAGCCGAGGGGAGGCCUGGAGACUUCCAGGCUGCCCUGCAGACCUUCAAGGAGCUGGAAAAGAUAGGGACCUCUCCCCAACAGCUGAGUUGUGAAGGUCUUAUCAGGAAUCUGUCCAGUGCCUUGGAAAGCUUCAGGAGCAGCUUGGAAGAUGCCAGCGAGCAGGGCUGUGAAUGCCAGCCCGGACCGGCCUCCAUGCUGCACACGCAUACAUAUGUGUUGGCCCAAAGCCUCAAGAAGACUUUGUUGUCUGGGAAUCCCAUUAUGACUUUUCUUCGCAAUUUCACAGUAACUGGGGACGUAAAAGUAAAAGAGUUGGUGCAGAACACCACCAAGUUAACUGAAGAGCUUCGAUCUUCUCUCCACAUCUCAGAUGAAACUAUCAGCAGCAUUUGAGAAGCAAACGUUUCCCACUCAGAGCUACAGUUUGUUCUCUCCAGUGCCCCGACGGUGGCUUUGUCUCGAAGGCGCGAUGGGGACGUUCUUUGUCUGCUGCUCAAGUUCCCUGAGGAUGGAAAGUCUGGGUCUGCAGCGAGGGAGCUGUGCCGCCUGCCCGGGGCCCAAGUGUUUUCCCUGAUUGUGCUGAUGGGUCGGAACCUGGACCUGCGGAAUUUCGUAUACAAAACUCUGCUCCCUGCGGAAGCCAGCGGCCCGCUCAGCUCCCUGCUGGACGUCGGGUCCAGCCUCGGCCACCUGCUCCCCGGAGCCGGCCGCGUCCUCGAACACCUUCCCGGAUUCCUCCGAUAACUUGAGAUCGCUGCUUUGCUGGACACGCCCGACUUCCCACAGGUGGGCAAAAAUGUGUAUUCUGUUGCAUCAGCCUUUGGUCCUUUCCAGUCUGUGAUGAAGGUGGUUUGCAAGGACCAAGCCUCUUUCUUUAGGAACUCUGACAUCUUUCUUCACUUGCCUAGAGUUAAUGAAUUCUUAGGAGACGACAAGGAAAAAUUCAACAUUCCUGAAGAUUCAAUGCACCUGAAGCCCCAGCCUUUUUGGGACCCCUGGGUAGCCAGUAACAGUGAGAGCACCCUUUGCUUGAAGCUUUAUCAGGAAAUACUACAGUCUCCAAAUGGUGCUUUGGUGUGGUCCUUCCUAAAACCUGUAUUACAUGGAAGAAUACUGUACACACCAAACACUCCAGAGAUUAAUAAGGUCAUUAGAAAGGCAAAUCGUACUUUUGAUUUUGUGGACAAGCUGAAGACUUUAUCUGAAACACUGCUGAGCUUGUCCAGUGUUUUUCAGAGCAGCAGAAAUGGUCAGAUGCUCCGUCAACUGCAGGAAGCCCUGAAAAACAAAUUUAUAAGAAGUUUUGUAGAAAGCCAGCUGCACAUUGAUGUAGACAAAUGGACGGAAAAGCUCCAGACACUCGGAGGGAAGCUGGGCCAGAUGCUGAACCACCUGGGCGCUGGACGCCUCCGCUCCCUGGGCCGCAUCCUGGCCAACCUGACCUUCUGUGUCCUACUGACCCUCUUCCAGGGUCUGACCUCCGCCACCUCCCUGGAGGCGACCUCACAGACCCUCAUGCGGAAGAACAGCUUCUUGGCCAGUAUCAUUUUUAACAGUUCCUCAGCAGGUAAGAACCUCAGCUCAGAAUCUCUCCAGCUGCCACCCCAGGUUACGUACAGCAUCCGGACCAGCAUUUUGUACAGCUUGAGGACGGAUCUGGUGAAAAACCCUUUCUGGAAGUUCCACCCUCAGAGCCUCCCAGCCGAUGGGUUCAAGUAUAACUACAUCUUUGUCCCGUUGCAAGACAUGAUCGAAAGAGCUAUCAUCUCAGUGCAGACAGAUGGGCAGGAGGCCCUGAACCCGGCCAUGCAGGUGCAGGCCAUCCCGUACCCGUGUCACACCAGCCACCUGUUCUUGAACAGCGUCAGCUCCUUCUUCCCGCUGAUAGCGAUGCUCACGUGGAUGGUGUCCGUGGCCAGCGUGGUCUGCAGGCUGCUUUACGAGUGGGAGAUCCAGCUGGAGGAGUAUGUGAAGAUGAUAGGCCUGCCCCCCGCCGUCCACUUGCUGGCCCGGCUCCCGGAGCACGGGGCCAAGCUGACGGUGAGCCGCGCCGCCCUGGCCCUCAUCCUCGGGGUCAGCGGCGUCUUCACCUCCAGCAGCACCUGGAUGGUCCUCUUCCUCCUGGACUCCGGGGUGUCGGUGGUCACACUGAGCUACCUCCUGAGCGCAUCCUUCGGCCGGGCGAGCUCGGCUGCCCUGUGCAGCAGCCUGCCCUGCGCGGCCAGCUUCCUGCCCUACAUCGUGCCGGCCUGCAGGCCUCCCUCGUCAGUGUGUUGUUUUGUGAAACUGCAGAGCAAGGCUGCCGUGUACCCCGCAGCACGUUUCAGUGCAUCACUGUCAGUUUUUCUCUUCUCCCCCUCCAUCUGCAAGCAGUACCUCCUCUCCACAGCUGCCUUCGGACAAGGAGUACUUUUGGUUACAUUCCUGGAAGGGCAAGAGGCAGGGAUUCAGUGGGGUAAUAGGUACCAGUCUCUGGAACUAGUGGGCAUGACACUUGGCUGGGUUUGCUGGAUGAUUCUCUUUGAUUCAGGCCUUUACUUCUCAUGUGGAUGGUACUUGAACAACUUGAUUCCUGGGAGCUGUGGAUGCUUGAGGAAAAGGUGGUACUUCUAUUCCAUAUAUGGUGGUGGUGAAAAGGCAGAUCACGGGGGUUCUCACCUGUUCUUCUUCAGUGGGGACGUGGACAGUCAAGGCUCAUCCCUGCAAAAUGGGGAAGGAGAGCUGGAAGGAGGCCCCCCAGGUGUUGUCCUGCUUUCUGUGACCAAGGAGCAUGAUCACCACCAGGUGGAGGUCCGGGACCUGACCCUGACCUUCCACAGGUACCAGAUCACUGCCCUGCUGGGGGCCAACGGUGCUGGGAAGACCAUGUACAUCUUUGCUGAGGGGGCUCUACCCCCCCUGCCAUCCGGAGCCAUUGCAGUCAAUGGCAGGAACCUGCAGACGGAGGCACCCUCGGUCAGGGCAGAGCUGGGCACGUGUCCGCAGCGCCACGUCCUGUUUGCCCCCCUCACGGUGCUCGACCACCUGCUGCUAUUCCCCUCCCUGAAGGCACCACGGACCCAUCAAGAGCUGCAUGGGCAUGUCCGUAGAACUCUCCAGGACGUGGGGCUGGCACAGUACCAGCCCCAACACGCCCGCGCCCUCUCAGGGGGCGCGUGGAGGAAGCUGUCCCUCGGCAUCGCCUUCCUCCAGGCGUCGAGGACCGUGGUCCUCGACGAGCCCACCAGCACGGUGGACCCGUGUUCCUGCCGUGGCGUCUGGGACGUGCUCCUCGAAUACCAAGAAAGCCGGACUGUCAUCUUCACCACCCACCACGUGGACUAGGCCGAGGUGCCGAGUGACCGCGUGGCAGUGCUGCAGCAGGGGUGGCUCCAGUGCCGCGGCACCCUCUCCAGCCUGACCCAGGCCCACGGGCAGGGCAAGGAGCCUUCUGUUCUGGAGGGGGACCUGAAGGACACAGCUUGUGCCAUGUCUCCGAUGCAGACCUACAUCCCACAGGCAUCCCUCCGAGGCAGCAGCUGGGGCGAGCUGAGCUACACGAUCCCUGAGGAUGCAGACAAAGCCUGCUUCACAGGGCUUUUCCAGGCCCUGGACCAGAACCUUCACCACCUGUACCUGACGGGCUGUGGGAUCUCAGACACCAGCUUAGAAGAGGUCCUCUUGAAUGGAAACAGUGAGGCGUCUGUCUUGGCGGUGAAACAGCUCCUGAGCCAGAGGCCACGGCACGCCUGCUGGGCCCCCCUGGUGCGGGGCGGCGCCCUGCUCUGGGCACAGACGGCCGCCCUCCUGCUGAAGCGGCUCCGCCACUCAGGUCGGGCCUGGAAGGGCACCGCCUCCAACCUGCUGCUGCCCGUGCUCUUCGUGGCCUUGGUGAUGGGCUUGCUCAUGGUGAGGCCUUCGGCCGUCGGCUGCCCUCCCCUCAAACUGACACCUGGCCAUUACGACAUGGCCAAAACCUACUUUUUCAGCAGUGAGAACGGUGACGUGGAGCUUGGCCGCGUGCUUUUGCGGAAGUUUGGGGAUCAGGACCUGCUCUGUGCUGACUUACAGUCAGACCUGGGGAAUUCUUCCUGCUGGUGCAUGGACCCCUUCUCUCACCCAGAAGUCCAGGAGUCCUGCGGCUGCCUGAAGUGCCCCAGUGGGAGCACCAGGGCUCCCUACCUGACCAUCCGCCUGGGCCACAGGCUGCUCAACCUCUCCGGCCUCCCCCUGGAGGAGUAUUUGCUGGCGCUGGAGGAAAAACCAAGGCUUGGAGGAUGGUCUUUUGGAGUGAGAAUCCCUGAUUAAGUUCAAGACGCACAUUCAAAUAUAUCAAAACCCAGAACUUUGGCAAAGGGCCAUUAAGUUCUCUUUCUUUUUUGGGUGUGGUACAAUCAGAAGGGCUUUCAUUCCCUGCCAUCCUACCUAGGUCAUCUCAACAACCUUAUUCUGUGGAGGCUCUUCCCCCCUGUGGCAGACUGCAGGCAGUACGGAAUCACGCUCUGCAGCCACCCAUAUGGAGGAGCCUGGCUGAACGAGGACAAGUUCCUGGAGAGCUUCCGCCAGUGCGGCAGCACCCUGGGCAUCAUGCUUGGAUUCUCCAUCCUGUUCGCGUCCAGCAGCAGCUCCGUGUGGGACAAGGUGACUGGGGCCACAAGGCUGCAGCACAUGAGCGGCCUGGGCUACAGGACCUACUGGCUCACGAUCUUCCUAUUUUCUCAGCUCUUUUACUUGGUUUCUGUCUGCCUGUGUGUCGCUGUGCUCCUCGCCUUCCAGUUAACGGCUUUCACUUUCCAGGAGAACCUGGCAGCCACGGCCCUCCUGCUGGCACUUUUUGGAUGCGCGACUGUUCCGUGGAUGUUCAUCUCCUGAAUCUUCUUCAGUUCAGACGUGGCUUUCAUCUCCUACAUCUCCCUGAACUUCCUCCUCGGCCUCUGCACCAUGCUGAUGACCGUCACUCCCUGGCUGUUGGCCUUUGUCUCCAAGGCUCAGAAUUUGCAGAACAUCUGCGACGUCCUCAAGUGGGUCUUCACUAUUUUCCCUCAAUUCUGCCUGGGUCAAGGGCUGAUAGAACUCUGUUACAAUCAGAUCAGAUACAACCUGACCCACAACUUCGGCAUCGAUUUGUACAUGAGCCUCUUCGAGAUUAGCUUCCUGGGCUGGAUCUUUGUGCAGCUGGCGGUACAAGGGAUGGUCCUUCUCCUCCUGAGGGCCCUGCUGCAUGGGGACCUCUGGCAGUGGCCCAGGGGUCACUCUGCCAUUCGAGGCACAGUCACAUCUUCCAAGGACGUAGAUGUUGAAAAAGAGCAAGUGAGGGUGUUGGAAGGCAGAACUAGUGGAGACAUUCUCGUGUUGUACAACCUUAGUAAGAGUUACAGAGGCUUCUUCAAGAGGGCUUACUCAGGGGAGAGAUCUGAGUGCUUUCGGCUUCUACAGGUGAAUGGAGCUGGGAAAACCACCACAUUCAAAAUGCUGACCAGGGACCUGCCUCCGAGCUCGGGACACACCAUCCUCAGGACUCCCAUGGGAAAGGAUGUGGAUCUGGCUCUUGCUGGCACAGCCGGCAUCCACGUUGGCUACUGUCCGCAGCAGGACGCCCUGGAUGAGCUCCUGACCGGCUGGGAACACCUGCGUUAUUACUGCAGCCUGCGUGGGAUUCCAAAGCAGUGCAUCCCCAAAGUGGCCAGGGACCUCGUGAGGCUCCUCUACUUGGAAGCCCACGUGGACAAACCUGUGUCCACCUACAGCGGGGGGACCAAGAGGAAGCUGUCCACAGCCCUGGCCCUGCUGGGGAAACCCGACCUUCUCUUACUGGACGAACCCAGCUCGGAGAUGGAUCCCUGCUCGAAGUGGCACCUGUGGGAGGCGGUGACGAAUGAGGCACAGGAGGGCUGUGCCGUGAUCCUGAGCUCCCACAGCAUGGAGGAGUGUGGGGCCAUGUGCCCGAGACUUGCCAUCAUGGUCCAUGACAGCUUCCAGUGCCUGGGUUCCCCACAGCACAUCAAAAACAGGUUUGGUGAUAGUUAUACAGUCAAGGUUUGGCUCUGCAACGAAGCAAAUCAACACAACGCUGUUUCCGACUGCUUGAAGCUCUCUUUUCCAGGAAUCCAGUUUAAAGGGCAGUGCCUUAAUUUAUUGGAAUACCAUGUGCCAACAAGAUGGGCGUGCUUAGCGUUCAGAGUUCUGGAGGACAAUAAAAACUUCCUGAGUAUCAAAUAUUACUCCAUCAAGCACACCCCUCUGGAGCAGAUAUUUGUUAAUUUUGCGACUGAGCAGCAACAAACCGCACCACCUUCUGAUCCGUCCACCGGUCGUGAGCACCCACAGAACCUGCCUAAGCGCUGAAGAAGACACUGUUCAGAGAGAUAAAACCUCGUCUUUUGUUAUAAUUAAGAUUCAGAGAUCAAAGGAGCGAGUGGGCCGCAGAGGAGCUGGAAGACACAGGGCAGGCAGUCCAAUCUCAUUCUGUCCUUCAUUUUCUGUUUUGAAACUCUUUGUUAAUUACACCCUGAAAGGUCAUUCUUUUCUGCAGACUUUUGGGCAGUUCCUCUGAUUCAGUUACUGUCUUUGCCAAGGCGAGAUGGGCCGGCUUCCUGGGACAUGGGAAGGAAUUGACAUUCCUUCUGGAGCUGGAAAGGCUGUCAGAGUUUGUCCAGGUCAAACAUUUAAUUUUAAGGAAACUGAGGUCCCCAAGGCUAAUCUAUUUUUUGUUGUCCUUUUACUAGAUUAUGCUUACAUGUGUCUAAAUAACAAUUCAGUGACUUAAAUGUACCGUUUCUCUAACCCUGGAUGACAUUAUAUGUUAUGAGAUGAAAGCCUACCAUUUUUUCUUACAAAAGAUGCUUUUAAAAAAAUAGGGAUUAAAGAGCUUUUCAGUCAAUGCUUUAGCAAAAUUAAAUAAUUUGAACUGGGUACCCUGUAUCAUUUACAAAAAGUGUGACCAGAAUUUCACAGAUUAUAAAUUUAGGGGAAUAUAGAAAGAAAUAUAAUAUAGAUGUAUUUUCUUUUUAUUAAUUUGGAUUAAUAAUUACCGUUCAAGUCAGUGGUUUUCAAAGUGUGUUGGUCCCCAUAAUAGCUGCAUUUGCAUCUCUUGGGAGCUUGGCAGAAAUGAAGGUUCUCAGGCUCAACCCCGAAAUCUAAAACCCUAGGGUAGGAGCCCUGCAGUCUCGGUUUAAACAAGUCUCCCUGGUUUCUGUAGCACAUUCCAGUUUGAAUACCAAUGGUCUAAGGAAAUAUCUAGGUACCUUCUAAUUAUACAAGCAAAACUAGCACCAUAUGUAGUAAACAUUAAUUUUCAAACAAUUUUUAUAUUUCUAAAACUCUGUCAUUCUCAGAAUUAUUGUCCUCAGAGUAUUUUCAAAUAUAAAGUGCUCAGAUGUGGCUCUAAAAGGCUUUGUAAACCCCACCGUUUGCAUUUUAUAGUUAGAAAAACACAUCAAAUCACCGUGUCUGCUCCUCAAAAUGGUUUCCAGUCAGACACUUCAGAGUUGAAAUGUUUCUCAACCCGCUUUGAGUAACAUUCUUCUAAAACCCCAAUGGAGGACUGCACUGAUUUUAUUUUACAACUUAACCGUAUCCAAUUAAGUUUUUGAGUGACAGUAGCUUGUGAUCAAAGAAAAACACUUUCUUGUGGUAUUCCUUUGCUGAAGCAAGAUUUCAUUAAAAUAUAUCUUUCCUGAACAUAAUUCUAUACUAGAGAUAUUUUUAAAUGUUAAGGAUUAAGCCAAUUACGGAUCGUUUUGAGUGAAUGAUUUUGAUUCACAUAUAUCACAUGAAUUAUGCUUUCUAAAAGAAGUUACAAUUUAGGGUUUUAUGAUUUUUCUCCCAAUUCUACCAUUGUCUCAUUGUCAAAAUGAAAGAUGUAAUCCUUUGUUGUUGUUGUUGAAUCAAUAAGUAACAUUUGUGAAACACACACAUGUUUAU